AUGACCUGUGAUGUAUUCAGUUUCCAGAGUCAGUGGAUUACACCCAACCAUACUGCUUGUGCACACAAGUGUGCUGCCCUGUACUGUAUAGCUCUGAUUUCAGGUAGUCUGGUGCGCAACCGGCGGCUGACCUGUGAUGUAUUCAGUUUCCAGAGUCAGUGGAUUACACCCAACCAUGCUGCUUGUGCACUCAAGUGUGCUGCCCUUUUCCUCAGUGGAUGUGCACUCAAGUGUGCUGCCCUGUACUGUAUAGCUCUGAUUUCAGGUAGUCUGGUGCGCAACCGGCGGCUGACCUGUGAUGUAUUCAGUUUCCAGAGUCAGUGGAUUACACCCAACCAUGCUGCUUGUGCACUCAAGUGUGCUGCCCUGUACUGUAUAGCUCUGAUUUCAGGUAGUCUGGUGCGCAACCGGCGGCUGACCUGUGAUGUAUUCAGUUUCCAGAGUCAGUGGAUUACACCCAACCAUGCUGCUUGUGCACUCAAGUGUGCUGCCCAGUUCUGGAAGUACAAGGGAGGUCGCUGCGUAAAUGGAAACUGCCAUUGUACUCCUAGAGGCUAGUCUUUCACAAUUCACAAAGUAAAUGUAUGUUGGUGUUACAAUAUAACACCAACAUAAAAUUUUUGUCAAACACGAGCUCUGAGUCUAGUACAGUGAGUGUUAAAUUAUACUUAAAAUAGUAAUUCAUGAUAAGCUUGUUUUCAACCUAAUGCACUUGUUCAAGAUAAGUAUGAAAAUAAAUAAACAUCUGUAACUAAAUGGUUUACUGUGUGAGAAUCAAGAUUUAAAAGUGAAUUUAUAUUUGAUCAUUUAUAUUUGGCCAUUGUAUUUUUAAAUGUUUAUUCAGUAUAUUUCAUUUGUUGUAUGCAUUAUCAUAAUUUUAUUUAGUUUCUUAGAACUAUGAAAUUAUAAGUUAUUUUGAGUAAAAAUUAAUUUUAUUUAAAGAAAGAUUUCAUAAUAAUUUGGUGUAUUAUUCUAAAACUUUAUAAUUUAAACCUGUAAAAGAUGAAUAAUAAAAUGGGCAUUGGACAAGAA